AUGGUUACAAAAACUACAAAAGAUUUUAGUGUAGCAUUUCUUUUACGAGAUAAUAAUCAUGAUUAUGAUUUAAAUUAUUUAUCGGAAUCUUCAUCAUCAAAUUCCAAUCCACUGUCAAUGAUAAAUCCUCGAACAAUAACUUCUAAACAAUAUGAUAUAUCUGAUGAACCAAAAUUUUGUUCAUUACGUAAACAUAAAAAUGAUCGAAAACCACGUACACCAUUUACAACAACACAAUUACUUGCAUUAGAAAAAAAAUUUCAUGAACGACAUUAUUUAUCCAUAACAGAACGAGCUGAAUUUUCUUUAUCACUUAAUCUAACAGAAACUCAAGUAAAAAUUUGGUUUCAAAAUCGUCGAGCAAAAGAAAAACGUUUAUCAGAAGCUGAAUUAGACAAAUAUCGUUUUAUACAAUUAAAAGAUCAAUUAACACGACAAUUGGAAAUGACAUCGUCAUAUUUUCCUUUUGCAUAA